CUUGCCCUCAAAGCCAAACUCCUCUCUUCUUUAAUAAAACACUCUGCGUCUCUCUCUGUGUCUCGCAACAAAAAUCAAGAAAAUCGAAACAUGGGUCAGGGACCAUCGGGCGGUCUGAAUCGGCAAGGGCUACCAGGAGACAGAAAACAAGAUGGAAGCGACAAGAAAGACAAGAAAUUUGAGCCGGCGGCGCCACCAGCGCGGGUGGGCCGAAAGCAGCGGAAGCAGAAAGGGCCGGAGGCGGCUGCACGGCUGCCCACGGUGACGCCGCAUACUAAGUGUAAGUUGAGACUGCUGAAAAUGGAGCGAAUCAAGGAUUAUUUGUUGAUGGAAGAAGAGUUUGUGGCAAAUCAAGAGAGGCUGAAGCCACAAGAAGAGAAAGCUGAGGAGGAUAGAUCCAAGGUUGAUGAUUUGAGAGGUUCGCCUAUGAGUGUGGGAAAUUUGGAGGAGUUGAUUGAUGAGAAUCAUGCCAUCGUUUCCUCUUCGGUUGGACCUGAGUAUUAUGUUGGGAUUUUGUCUUUUGUUGAUAAGGAUCAACUCGAGCCUGGUUGUGCUAUCUUGAUGCAUAAUAAGGUUCUAUCUGUUGUUGGGCUUCUUCAAGAUGAAGUUGAUCCAAUGGUAUCUGUGAUGAAGGUGGAGAAGGCUCCAUUAGAAUCUUAUGCUGACAUAGGUGGUCUGGAUGCCCAGAUCCAGGAAAUCAAAGAAGCAGUUGAGCUCCCACUGACUCAUCCUGAAUUAUAUGAAGAUAUUGGUAUUAAGCCUCCUAAGGGAGUUAUUUUGUAUGGAGAGCCUGGGACUGGAAAGACCUUGCUUGCAAAGGCUGUGGCUAAUUCAACAUCAGCAACUUUCUUACGUGUUGUUGGAAGUGAAUUGAUUCAAAAGUACUUGGGAGAUGGCCCAAAACUAGUGAGGGAGCUUUUCAGAGUUGCUGAUGAUCUCUCUCCAUCUAUUGUCUUCAUCGAUGAAAUUGAUGCUGUUGGUACAAAGAGGUAUGAUGCCCAUUCAGGCGGUGAACGUGAAAUUCAGAGGACCAUGUUGGAACUACUGAACCAGUUAGAUGGUUUUGAUUCGAGAGGAGAUGUUAAAGUGAUUCUUGCAACCAACCGAAUUGAAAGCCUUGAUCCUGCUUUGCUUCGGCCUGGUCGGAUUGAUAGGAAGAUUGAAUUCCCUCUUCCUGAUAUCAAAACAAGGAGGCGUAUCUUCCAGAUACACACAGCAAGAAUGACAUUAGCUGAUGAUGUCAACUUAGAAGAAUUUGUUAUGACCAAGGAUGAGUUCUCUGGAGCAGAUAUAAAGGCAAUAUGCACUGAAGCUGGAUUGCUUGCUUUACGAGAGCGGCGCAUGAAGGUGACACAUACCGACUUCAAGAAGGCCAAGGAAAAGGUGAUGUUCAAGAAGAAAGAAGGGGUGCCUGAAGGACUCUACAUGUGAUGAUAUUGUUGUCGUAUCACCUGGGAAGUCCAUUCUAGUCGUGCUUUUCUAUUUUUGGACUGUUUAUUGUAAGUUCAAGUUCGAUUAUUUGUUCCUAGACUCGAGAAUACAAGGUUGUCUGCCUGUGUAUGAAGAAAUGAUAAAAUUCUAAUUGGGAAACACCUUAAAUUUAUUUUGC